CCGGGGGCACCGCCACUGGCAGAGCGGCGGAACUGGAGGUCAGCCAGGGCCAGGCGCCACCUGCGAGGCGCGUUGCUCAGCCCCGGACAGACGCGGGCGCCGCGCCAGGGGAGAAGCCGGGGACUCGGGCGCGGCCCCUUUAAGGCUGCGCCUGCCCGCUGGGGGCGAUGAGGAGCUGGAAGCGGCCGAGGAGCCAGGCGCAGCCUGACAGCCCCAGAAUGGAUCCCAGCAUGGAGCUGACACAGCAACCUGUGCCAGCUUUGCCCAUCCAAAUACACACCACUGCCAUCAGACCAGGCACCUGGGUCUGAAAAUCUGGCCCCAGGGAUACGUGGAGAGAGAUUCCCUGUGGCGGGGGAGAACUCUAGCCAGGAGAACGUCUGCGUCCAGUGGUAUCCCUGCCAAAAACAACCCUGCAGAAAUAGAACUCUUGGCUGGCUGGCUUCCCCUGAGAUGAUCUGAAGAGGAGCUGGAGAAGGAAGAGCUUGUUUAAGAUGACACGAACCGACCCACCUGACAUACUGGUGUCUACAGUGUAUCAAGACCUAGAGGUGAAGUGCCCAGCACCCAGGGAUCCCAUCGUCUGCCAGCCACUGACACAAUGUGACGCCUUAAUGUCGGCGUCUCUGCCACGCGACCCGCAGCCCUUCAACAAGCGCCACUGUAGGAGCUUUGACUUUCUUGAGUUGCUCGACGACCAGCUGGCCCCUGCUCCUGCUAUGGAGCGCCACUGCCGGCACCCGGGCACCCCCGAGCCUUCCUCAGGCUCCGGAGGCAGGAAGGCUCCUCCCAGGCCGGACGUGCAGAACACCAGGCCACCCCCUCAUGGCAGGGAAGGCCCCAAGGAGCCAUUGGCUCGGGCGGAGCCAAAGAGGCGAGCGAGGUCCAAGAGCACCCCUCGGGUGAAAUCCACCUUCACUCCCAUUCCCAUCCAGAUGUCGCCCUCGUCUCCCCCCAUGCCGGCCAGGCGGGGACGGGAGGCUCUGCGCCUCUCCAGGGAGCCUGCGAGGACGGAGACGUCCCCGCGCAGGGGGAGCGGAUACGCACCAAUGAAGGCCCCAAUGAACGAGGUGCACCCCAUCAAGCUGCAGCCCCAGCGGAGCAGCACCAGCCGCAUCUCCCCACUAUGUGUCAGCAGCAACUGCCCGGAGGAGACCCCAGGUGGGAGGCCGGCCACAAGCCUGCAUGUCAAGUGCCGGAUGGACAUGAAGCCAGACGAGGCGGUGCUGGUGCACGCGGCACACAGCCUGAAGGCCCAGAGCAGGAUGGAGGUGCCAUCCUGGCCGAGGCCGCCUGGCGCUAUCCGGAGCCUGACCAUCCCAAGCAGCAGGCAGGUGUCCGUGUCCCGCACUCCCACACCCAGCGACUCCUACAGCGGGGAACACAGGCUGCCCUACCCCAACGAGUACUACGAAGGUGACCCCCGAGGCCAGGUUUACCAGGCCGUGCCCUCCCCGCAGGACUAUCCCGAGAGGGGCUGUGUGACCUUCUCCGCUCCUAAUGUGCCCACCAAGUUCUUCUACACGGAGGAGCCAGCCGGGUGCCCUGGCCUCGGCAUUCCACUGAAAAGCUCUGGCUACGAGGCGUGUCCUCGCCCAUACCCAGGGCGCCAUCUCCCUGCACAGCCCUUCUACCCGGAGGACCCAGCCAAAGGUAAUAUCCACACCAUCCCACCCAGGACUUUCUACGUGGAAGAAGCUCGGACCUACCCCAUCCAGGAAGCCCCUGCCCACACCUUCUACAGAGAAGACCCUCGAUUCUACACCUCCAGGGGCAUGCCCACAAAACCCCUCUAUGCAGAGGACCCCAGGAUGUACCCUGCUCUGAACACCUCCUCCCGGUUGUUCUACACUGAGGAUUAUGGCAAAUACCAUGAGAGGGAAUCCAUUUCGCGGACGUACCCUCACGCCCGUAGCACCCAGCCUUUGCAGUUCAGCGACUGGUACUGCCCGGACCGGGGUGCACUGCCCUACCAGACCUUGCAGAUGUCCCGCUUUGCACCUCAUCCCUCUGGGCAGGAGGCCUUGCUUUCCUCUUGGCAUGCCAGCUACAGCGCCAACCAGCCCCGCCUAGGCACAGACACCCGGCAUUACUCCAAAUCCUGGGACAAUAUCCUGGCGCCCAGUGUCCGCAGGGAGGACCCCAUGUUCCGCGGGCGCAGCUAUGAGAACCUGCUCGCCCGGGAGCAGCACCGUGCCUUAUCCCCUGACGACCGGCGGCAGCCCGUGGUGAUCAAUCUGUCCAGUUCCCCCAAGCGCUAUGCCGCGCUCUCCCUCUCGGAGAACUCCAUCAUGGAGAAGAUGCACGCAGACGGUGGGCGGUGCCCCCUGGGCCGCUCCUGGUUUGUCACCCCAGAAAUCACCAUCACCGACAAUGACAUCAAAGCCAAUGGGCUGAGCAAGAGCGAGAAGCGCUCGGCCAGCUGGGAUAUGCUGGAUGCCGGGCGGGAUGGGCAUCGCUCCCGCGCCGCACACUGCUACUUGGAUCCUACUGCCAAAGAGACCAUCCAAAGCAGCUCCGCCCGCCAGCGCAGCCUGGAGCAGCUGGACGAGCUGAUCACAGACCUGGUGAUCGACUCCAAGCCCCCGCCCAGCCGCCGCCCCAGCAACGGGGACAGCCUGACAGACCAGCUCAAGAGGCUGAUCGACAGUGACACGCCCGGGCCUGCCAGGAAGCUGGAGGCCAGGAAGCCGCUGCCUUUAUUGGUGGGGGGGCCCAGGCCCACCAAGGAGCAGCCGGGCCCGAGUUCCUUCCACAGAGACGUACGCAAGGAGCAGGGUGGCCGCUCGCUUGCCAUGUCUGUCUCCAGCAGCAGCUUUGAGAAGCAGCAGGAUGGCUGCUCCCCGGAGCUGAGCGCGGACGAGGAUGACAUGAUGAUGUGUUCGAAUGCCAAGUGCAAGCGCACGGAGACCAUGUUCAAUGCCUGCCUCUACUUCAAGUCCUGCCACAGCUGCUAUACAUACUACUGCUCCCGGAGCUGCCGCCGCGAGGACUGGGACACUCACAAGGAGAGCUGCGUCUAUGGGCGUAUCGGGAGCAUCUGCCGGCACGUGCUGCAGUUCUGCCGGGAGAACGCCGAGGUGCACAAGGCCUUCUCGCGCAUUGCCAAGGUGGGGUACCUUUCCCGGGGGCGAGGGGUGCUGUUCCUGGGCUUCCCCAGCUCAGGCUCAGCCGAGAACUUCCUCCAGUUUGGCUUGGAGAGCCUGCUGAUGUCUCCCACCUACCUGUCCCUGCGGGAGCUGGAGGGCUACGCGGAGAGCCUGGGGGAUUAUGCCCGGGAGUUGGGGGUGUCUGGCAGCCAGUACGACCCUGAGGAAUGUUUCCUCUUGAAUGUAACUGUGGCCGUUGGACAAAAAGUGCCUGUGAGGCCAUCCCCCAAGGUCCAGGUGCCGACAGUCAGGAAAUACGCCAAGAUGGCCUUAGCCUCCUCCAGCCCCGAGAAGCAGAUCCUGAAGAAGGAACGGGACAUGGAGACCUUGAUUCUGACCCCCCCGCCUGGCACGGCGGACCUCGACAAGGAGGGGGAGGAAGGGCGGAAGGCCCGGGAGGUCUGCUUCAUCAACAUCCAGCGGGAGCUGCGGAUCCGAGGCGUCUUCCUGCGCCAUGAGUUCCCCAAAAUCUACGAGCAGCUGUGUGACUUUGUGGAGAGCAACAAGAGGUUCACGCCCACCACCAUCUACCCCAUUGACAGGCGGACCGGAAAGCAGUUCCUGUGUAUGAUCAUGGCCGCCUCUGAGCCACGGACCCUGGACUGGGUCGCCAGCCCCAACCUCCUGGACGACCUCAUGUGACCAGCGCUGCCGCACCACACAGGCCUCCUGUUUAGUCCCCUUUGUAGACAGGUAUUUUAUUAUUGACGCACUAAACUGGUCAGUCAGAAUCUUCCUACCAUUUCUAGCAGAUAACUGUUGGUGCGUGUGGGUCCCGGGGAGGCCUGGGAAAGAUGCUGUCCUGAUGGGGCACAGAUCUGGCACAGAUCCAUGGACUCCAUGGGACUCAGGCCACCUGCCUCUGUGGCCACUGGCUAGUCAGGGCAGGAUCUGCUGAGCUCUCUAGAUCCUGGUUGGCUUUGGUGGGGAUAGAGGGGUGGGGUGAUGUGCCAUGAGGAGAGGGCUGCUCUGUGGAGGGUAACUCCAGUGCCACAGGCCUGUCUCCCAGUGAGGUUCUUUCACUGCCUUCUCUUUGUUUAACCUGAUUCCCAGGUGGGCUUGGCCAAGGCACAGGGCAACAAGUGACUGGCCUGCAGGUGUUCUAGUAACAGCUCAGCCUAGAACCUGCGGCCCUGCCUGGUCCUACUCCCUAAAUCUAACCACUCGACAACAUGGCUACCUCUAAGCAAGUGUGGCCAGAGCAAUCAUUUUAAGCUCCCUGCCAUGCCCACUCCAUCCCACUGCCUAGACACCAAACUCCCACGCGGACAGUUCCUCUCCCCCAUCCCCUCGCCGCCUUGUUUAAUUCUGAUGACAGCCAGGAAGGGGCAUGUUUUCAACCUGGCCUCUGCAAGUAGCCCCAGUGUCUUAGCCCAGCGGUUCCCAUUUGUCUGCAGGGCUGCAUAACUGUACCUGGAAGGGGGCUCGGGGCCAUGCCUCGGCACGCGGGGUGAGUGCAGAGGGGGCUUGGGAGCAUGCCAGGGGCUUUGGAUUAUGCAGACACGUUUGUGUCUCUCAUUUGAAAAUCUGGCCCUAUGCGUCUGAGUCUCUAUAUAGCACGUUAUAUGGGACGAGUCUCUAUACAGUGUGCCGCCCACGUUGGCUCUAUAUGGGACGAGUCUCUAUACAGUGUGCCCCCCACGUGGGCUCUAUAUGGGACGAGUCUCUAUACAGUGCGCCCCCCACGUUGGCUCUAUAUGGGACGAGUCUCUAUACAGUGCGCCCCCCACGUGGGCUCUAUAUGGGACGAGUCUCUAUACAGUGCGCCCCCCACGUGGGCUCUAUAUGGGACGAGUCUCUAUACAGUGUGCCCCCCACGUGGGCUCUAUAUGGGACGAGUCUCAGACCAGCGUGAACACUAGAUGGUCUCUAUGCAGCAUGAGGCUCUAUACCGCAGUGGCGUAGCCAGGAUGGGACAUUUGGGUGGGUUCCAACUUUGGGUGGGUGGGCAAUGACGGGGAGGGAGGACCUUACCGGGGGUGAUGGAUGCUCUGGCCAGGGGCCCCCUGGGGCCCUAGGCGCACACCCAGCUCCGGGAGGAGACUCUGCUCUCCAGUGGCAAUGGCUCCUGUCACCGCCCCACGCCGGGCCUGGCCCCCCAAGUGGCAGACCUACUUUUUUUGAGGACUCCUUUGCCUCCGCUGGGUCGCCUGAAGCUUGCCCUCCUCCUAGUGGUGGAUUUAGCCACUGGGCCAAAGGGGCAUGCCUGGAGGGCCCCAGAAAAAUGGGCACUACCACCAGGGAGCGGGAUUGGGGUGGGGGGGUGGUGCUCCAGCUGGGGAGUGGGGCGCUGGGGCUGCAGCGUCGGACGGAGCAGAGCAAGCCCCCGUGCCCUGACCCCGCUCCCUGGCUGGGGCACUGGGCAGAGUGGGGUAAACCCCCAACCCCGCUCUCCAGCCGGGCAAAGGGGAAAGCCCCCCACUGCCCACAGGAGCACCAGGCAGGUGGAGCAGAGCCAGCCCCUGCGCCCCAACCCUGCUCCGCGGCUGGAGUGCUGGGCGGGCAGGCAAAGUGAGGCAAGCUGGGGCCGGAGCAGAGCUGGGGCUGGGGGCUGGGCUGGGAUGCUAUGUGGGUGGGCCACGGCCCUCCAGGCUCACUCCUGGCUACAGCCCUGCUGUCCAGUGUGGGCUCGAUACGCUCUGAGUCUCUAUACAAUGUGUGCUCAGUACGGGCGCUAUCCAAUAGGCUCAGUCCAGUGCACGCUAGACAGUGUCUCUACAGUACGAGUCUCUGCGGUGUGCCACAGAGCUGGUCUUUAUGCGGCAUGCGGCUCUGCACAGGUCGCUCUGGAGCUCUCGAUACAGUAUGAGGCUCUAGGUGGUCUCUAUGCAGUAGCAUUCCCUCCCCUCAGGCCUGUGCACAGCUGCCCACCUGUCCCUACAUGCUGCUUCCUCUUGCCAAAAUCCCCCGGUCCCUCUCCAGCCCCUCCCAAGUGCUGAGUCAGCCUCAGCUGCCAACACAAGGGCCCCAUCCUGUGAGGUGCUCAGGCCCUGCAGCGCCGUGUAGACUGGGGCAGGACGCUCUUGCUGUGCCAGGCCAGCAUAGGAAUCUGCCAGUGCCGGACUUAGGGUGGAGGCCGUGAGGGGUAAAAGUUCCAGGACACUUGAUGCACUUUAUCUGUAACUGACAAUAACCCACUUCCAGGGCAAAGCCAGCAGCGGCCGCCCCCAGUCCUCCCCCCAGUAGUAAGGCCCAAGCCCACCUCGCUCUUCUCCAUUGCAGCAGGGCAUUCCCACCCCUCCCAGCGUAACUGGGCAGGGAGCCUGGUACCCACCUGGCCCUAUGUGCAAAGCCAAGGAACAGCUCUGAGAGGGCUGCGCUCCCUGGGUUGUGUGGGGCCAGCUCCUCUGGGAAUGGAGGGGUCUGGUGCUGGCUGCCCAUAGUGCAGGAAUCCUGGGGGAGCGGGGGCCCUGGAAGCCAUGGGGCCUAGGGCUUUCCAGUGAAUCCUGGGCCAGCCCAUGUUGCAGCAGGAUCUAGAGCGAGGUUGGUCUCUGCAUUCUCAUCCAGCGGGAGAACUCCUGCCCCCGGGCUGCCCUUGCUUACGGCUCAGCACCCCGUGCCGGAGGAGCACUGCAGAAGGGUGGCCUGUUUCUGGUAGCGUCUCCGCCGCUGCUCCUCUCCGAGCAUUGCAAUGCCACCUGGGUCCCCCAGGGGCUCAAGCCCAUCUGGAGUUUUGCCCAAUUUGGUGUCCCUAGUGGAAUUCAAAGCCACGCUGCCGCUCCCCGCUCCUGAACUUCACUGAUGGUAUUAACGAGCGCUGAGCCUAGUUCAGGGUUCCCCAGCCAUGUGGCUGAGGUGGGGCCUGAGCCACGAACUUUGCACAGCCCAGUAAUUCUUUCUGUGAUGGCCCAAGGCGGAAGUGAGCCCCAGGCCCGGCCCGGUGGAGGCAGCUGUGGUGGUGGAAGAGGGCGGCCGCAGGCCAGCUAAUGUCAGUGGGGGAGGGGUAAGCAGUGCCACGUGCGGGGGCUCUGCCCCGGAGACAGCCACCGCCAGGCAUCCAUGCGCCUCUCUGCAGGGGGCAGGAAGCAGGGCCUCAGCCCGCCCCGCCCAGACAUUGCCGCCCUCUGCCCAGCUCCUCGGUAAAGGAGCCAGCGGGUCCCGAGCCAGGAUUUAUCCUGCUGCACGCCAGCCCCGGCUCUCCGGGGGCCACCUUCCUGGAGCAGCCUCUUUCUUAUGGCCUUGCUCUGGCUUCGGGACUUACCGCGCCAGCAGCCCUUGGGUUUAUUUGGGGAGGCUCCUUCGUGGGGCCGUGCAGAGAGCGAGCAGAGGCUCCCCGUUCUAGCCGGCACCUUACCCACCAGCCUGCUGCAGGGAGCGCUCCGCUCACUCUGGCUUGGGCGGGGGGAGCAGGUGUCUCCCUGCCCAGCAAAGGGAGGCUGUGAUCUUUGCCAGGGAGCUGCUGCCCUAGGCCGGGCCCCACUCCUGCGUGACGGGAACUGCAGGGCCCCAGCACCUGAACAAGCGGGAUCACCAAAGAGCAAUCCUGGAGGCAGGUCGGAGUGCUGGACUGGCCCUUUCCGGUGCUGCAAACAGCCCAGCAAGUCCAGGGUUAAAUUAACCCCACCACGUGCCUGGCAUCGGACGGCCACAGUGCCAGCCGGGGGCUGUUUUUCCACCUCUCCCGUUAUUGCCAUCUCUGAGUGUGCCACAGGCCUGGGCUAGCGGGACAGCC